AUGGGAAGACCUGAUAAAUUUCAGAUAGAUGGCAAGUUAAUAAAAGCUCAAGUAUGGGACACGGCCGGUCAGGAGAGGUAUCGUGCAAUCACUUCAGCCUAUUAUAGAGGAGCGGUCGGAGCACUUCUCGUAUAUGACAUAUCAAAGAUGCAGACGUUGGAGUCAUGUGAGCGAUGGCUCCGAGAACUGCGUGAAUUCUCGAACGAGAAUGUCUCAGUGAUGUUGGUCGGCAACAAGCUCGAUCUACGACAUUUCCGAGCCGUCCCCACCGAUGUUGCAUUAAAAUUUGCUGAGAAAAAUCACCUCGCAUUCAUAGAAACUUCGGCUUUGGACAGCACAAACGUUAACGAAGCUUUCACGGAAGUUCUCACUCACAUCUACAAGAAUGUUUCUAGACGUCAUACUAAUGUGAACUAUGAUUCAUCAAAGGUUGACAUCACAGCUGGUUCCAAACAGACGAGAAGAUGCUGCUAUAAAUAA